AUGGAAAAAGAUGCAGAAGAUGAGGUUUCAGGAAUUGCUGAACAUAAGGCUCAGCCUAAAGUGUCAAGAGAGAUUGAGGAACAAUUGAAAGAUAGUGCUAAAGAUAUUGACGGAACUUUCGAAAACGUAUCUGAGCUGUCUAAAUCACUAUCAUCUGACAAAUGCGAGAGAACCGUUUUGGGAGAUAAGAUAGAGAGAGAAAGAGAAUCAGAGCCAUUCUCCAAAAUCAUCUCAGACAAUGUUCAGACUACUCUGACUGCCAAACAAUCGAUUGAAAAAGAUGCAAAAGAUGAAGAUUCAGUUAUUGUAGGCAAAGUUAUUGAUAUGACUCAGCCUGAAGUAUCAGAGGAAACUGAGCAAAAAUUGAAAGAUAGUGCUAAAGAUAUCGGAGAAACAUUCGAAAACGUAACUCAACUGUCAAAAUCGCUAUCGUUUGAGAAAUGUGAGAAAGUAGAUGGGCAAGAAAUUAUAGACAAAGAUCAAGUACUAAAAUCAGAGGUAUCUGAAAUGGUUCCAUCGAAGGUUGAAACUGGUUUGAGUACCAUAAAAUCAUUAGGAACAGAUAUAGGAGUGAACGCCGAGGUUGGCCAUGAAGUGUCAAACACGCUAGAAGAUGGGUUGAAGGAUAGUGCCAAAGAUAUUGGUGAAACAUGCAACAACGUAGCUCAACUGUCAAAAUCAAUAUCAUUCGAAAAAUUUGAAGAAUCCGGUACAAAAGAUAAUACAGACGAAGGAAAAGUGGCAGAAUCAGAACCAAUAACUGAAAUUGCUUUGCAAAAGGUUGAUAGUACUCUAAAUAGCAAGGAAUCAUCAGGUAAAAGCUCAGAAGAAAUAGGAGACAAGUUUCCGAAAGAAAAUAGCAAGAAGUUGGAGAGUGAUGUUGAGAAUUCAGCUCAGUUUUCGCUUGAAAAAUGUGAUAAACCAGACGCUGAAAAAAUUGCAGACAAGGAAAGAGUACUAGAAAAAUCAGCUAAGGAUCUUGAUGAAACUUUCAAAACAGUUGAAGAUAUCUCUAAGUCAGUCGUAUUUGAAACGUGUCAAAAGGAUAAAGCUGACGAAAGGAGUUCCGAGCAACAACAUAACAUCGAUGUACACUCUAUUCCAGCAGCAGAAGAUAUGAUCAAAUCCUAUGAAUCAGAAAAAGGUGAAAAAGAGACCAUGGAGAAAGAUAAGUCCACCAAAGAAGUAGAACAUGGCAAAAAUGUCCAAAUGGAAGAAAAGGACGGACUGAAAGUCGCAGAAACUGAAUGUAGGAAACUCUCCGUAUCUGAAGUUGAUGUAUCAUUGACAGAUAACAAGAGCAUUGAAAGUGCGAGUGAAGCAAAAAAAUCCGGUUCGGAUGAACAAAAUACCGAAGAUAAUCUUCUCUACCAUGAAAAACAUAUCCCUGGUGCUAUCACACCACCUACAGUUCCUGUGAGCCCCAUAGUCUUGGAAGAGGUCAAGUUUACCAGCAGGACCGAUGCUUUGAUAAAAGAAGUUGGCUUGAGGAGCUCAACUCCAGCUAGUGAAGACUCGGAAGUUGUCAGUUCCAAUACAGACAUAACCUCUGAACAAUUAUCUAGAAUAGGAAGUCAUAUUAUCCCGUUGGACAGAGACAGCGACGAAGACGAAGAUCAACUAAGCAUGACAUCACAAAUGGCCCUCUCCAGAGAAUCCUCGCGUUGCGAUGACGAAUCCAAAAAAACUGAAGUCGACCCUAUGAGCAUGUCGUUCUACGGUACACUCCCAGAAAAACCCAGCUCCCAAAGAGAUUUGACACCUAGUCACUUAUACGAACUGACCAAAGCUAAAUACUCCAGCGUCCCGAUACCUGACUCCAGGGAAAUUCCACAGCUCAGUUCGAGUGACGUCAUGACUUCUAGCUUCGUCAGUGAGCUGCCUAGCUCCUCACCCAGUCACCGUGUUGGUGACGUCAUGAGUUCUAGCUUCAUCAGUGAACAGCCUAGCGCCCUACCCAGUCACGGUGUUGGUGAUGUCAUGAGCUCUAGCUUCAUUAGUGAACUGCCUAGCUCCUCGCCUAGCCGUGGUGUUGGUGACGUCAUGAGUUCAAGCUUCGUCAGUGAACUGCCUAGCUCCUCGCCUAGUCGUGGUGUUGGUGACGUCAUGAGUUCCAGUUUCAUUGGCGAGUUGCCAUCUUCUAGUGAAGAGAAGAAAGACCCUAUCGAGUCGUGGGGUAAACCUUUGGGCUUACCAACGCCUCCUACGCAUUUGCAUGAAGGGUCGUCUAGUCAUGGAGACCGGUAUGGAAGAGAGGCUAGAGAUGGGUUUGAGGAUGCUGGAUUCGGAUUGAAUCGGGAUAGCGAACAGAGUGAUUUGAUGACUGCCAGUUUCUAUGGGGAGCUGCCUUCUGAAACGAAGGAUCCGAUUGAAUCUUGGGGUAAACCUCUGGGCUUACCAAGCCCAGCGCCCCCUGGCGACAACAAGUCCACCCCGAAGAAAGAAAGAAAACUGCCGGCCAAUGUCACAGCCAAGAACAAACUGAACGACGACAAAAAGAGGGCCGAAUCACCCUCGAAGUUCAACAGAACCAAGCGGGUGAACCCGGUGUACGUGGAUCUGACGUACGUGCCUCAUCACGGCAACUCGUACUACGCAUGCGUGGACUUUUUCAGGAGGGUGAGGGCGAGGUACUACGUGUUUUCGGGAGUGGAGCCUAGUAGAGAGGUGUACGACGCUUUGCUAGAGGCCAAGCAGACAUGGGAGGACAAAGAUCUAGAAGUCACCAUCAUCCCUACGUAUGAUACGGACAUUCUGGGUUACUGGGUAGCCGAAAACGAAGAAACUUUGGCGAAGCUCAAGAUAGAUCUCUCCCCUUCUGCCUCGCGCUGUACCAUCAAUUUGCAAGACCACGAGACCUCAUGCAGCGCCUACAGACUGGAAUUUUGA